UAGAGCGACGCAGCGGGGCGCCCCGCCCCGCCCUUUUUAACUGCCGCCACGCUGCCCUAAAAUCGGUCCUAUGUUCCGCCCCUUUACUGCCCUUUUCAACUGCCGUCAAAGUGCCCUAAAAUCGGUCCUAUGCUCCGCCCCGUUACUUCGCAUUAGCCUCAAAUUUGCAUAAUCACCUAGCGCGUGUCGUAUCGAUUCAGCAGCCUGUUGUAUACAUAGGCGAUAAUUACGUCACGGAGCGUGAACACACUACAGGUCACAUGUUGUGUAAUGAUUAAAUUAUGUCAGCGUUAUAAUGAUGUACGGAGAUUUGAUUGAAAGUUGUAAUUGGGAUCAAGGGAUUACGACUAAUUGUAUAAAUUAAUACAAAUAAAAGGACUUUGAUCGGUGAUAAAUACGCAAAAUUAAACAUUGAUUAGAAUCAAAAUAUUGCCGUGUUUGUAACGCUAUUAAAGAGACAAUGGAUUACGGUGCUGAAAACAAAAAGUGAUGAGACAACUCAGGCUACCGAGGCUGUAUUCGAUCCAGCUCCUGUGCGUCAAGAAGAAUGCCAGCCACCAGUAUCAACAACUUCAACACCAAAACAACGGAAAACGCUGAAAGCUAAACACAAGAUUGGCUUUGAAUCUGCAUGGACAUUGACCAGACCUUGGUUAUACAGCAAACACGAAUCGGAUAGCAAUGGGUCGUAUGAAGUAAUGUACUGUCGUCUGUGCCAGAAACACAAAACAAAGGGGCUCAACGGUAGUGAGGUUUGGUCACAAAUAGGCUGUCGCAGUCUCAGGCUUGAUAAAGUUACAACACAUGAAAACUCGGACCAGCAUCAGUCAGCAGUGAAACUAGAGACCGAGAGUCAGUUAAGUAUUGAACAGUCUUUCAGUGAUAGGACUCCAUUAAAUGAAAAAGAAUUUGAAGCCGUAGUUUGUGCUACAAAAGUGGUUCAUUUUCUUGUAAAACACAAUAUUCCACACACAACAGUUUAUGAGGAAUUUAUUAAGUUUGCAGUGGAGGAACUAAAAAGCCCAAUUCUUGCUAAUCUGUCUCGCAGCAAGAAUGCGAAGUAUACAAGUCAAACCACCGCUGAUGAACUUCUUUCUGCUAUGUCACAGGAUAUUGAGGAAACAUUAAGAAAGCGCGUCACAUCUAGUCCAGCAUACUCAGUUAUGACAGAUGAAGCAACAGACAUUGCCAAUAGGAAACAUCUGGCCUUUUGUGUAAAAUAUGUAGAUUCUGAAACAGGUGAUGUGAAUGUGGACUUUAUUAAAGAUGUUCAGGUUGAUGAUGGAAAGGCAGAGACAAUUUUCAGUGAAACCAAGGUGCUUGUUGAGGAAGAUCUGAAGUUUGAAUCAUUUGUAGGCUUUGGUAGUGAUGGAUGCAACACAAUGGUCGGGAAAAAAUCUGGUGUGUCAACCCGUUUGAAGGAAAUUAAACCGGACCUUAUAACUGUACACUGUCACAAUCACAGACUUGCACUUGCAGCCAAGAACAGCUUUGAAUCCAUCAAAGAAUUUAGAGACACUGACGAAGUGCUAUCUGGUGUGUAUAAGUACUACAAAUCUUCAGGUAACCGGACACGAUCACUGGAAAAACUUCAGAACAUUCUAGAUGAAAGUGAUACUAAACGCAUCAAACAAGUGGCACACACCAGAUGGCUGUCCCAUCUUGACGCAGUAACCUCACUCAGGGAUACAUAUCCAGCAGUGCUGAUGGAUUUAGAAAACUGUGAACAAUCCGGAAAUGAUCGUGUAAGGAUAGGUUCUGGGCCAUCUGCUAGUGGACUGAGUAAGAAGUUAAAGUGUUACCAAACUGUGCAUAUUAUUCACUUCCUGUGUGAUGCACUCAGACCUGUCACACAGUUAGCUUUAACAUUUGAAAAGAACAGUGUUGACCUAUCCGUCAUCAAACCACGAAUGGAUGCUGCCGUCAGUACAUUAAGAAAACUUCAAACUUCAGAUGGAAUCAGCUUGAAGAAGGCAGAGAAACUUAUGACAGACUUUAACAUCACCCCGACUGAAGAACAAAUGAACCAUGUGAAACAAGCUGAGCAUAAAUUCAUUGACAAUCUCAUUGAUAACAUUGAAAUGCGUCUAGAGAACAUUGAUAUCAUUGACAGCAUGGCUGUCUUCACUAUGCAGAACACAGAAUGCUUUGCUGGUAAUGAUGAAAUUGAAAUACUGGCCCAUCACUUUGGAUUAGAUAUAGAUCAGUGCCUUCUAGAGUGGGACCAGCUGAAAAAUGUGGUCAGAGACAUUGAUAAUGGUAACAUUGACUGUCCCUCCUCUUUAGUAAAGACAAUUAGCAGUUUGAAAAACACUGCUGGUGACAUCUUCCCUUCCAUUGAAAAAAUGUGUGCAGCUGCAGCUGUCCUUCCACUCAGCACUGCUGAAGUUGAACGAGUUUUUUCAGAUGUGAAUAGAACAGUGACUGAUAUAAGGAAUCGUUUGAAGGUUGAAACAACAAACAAACUGUUGCUAGUUCACAAAGGUGACAAAUACCUUGACUUUGAAAGAACAGUCAGAUUGUGGCAUAAGCAGAAGCCCCGUAGAAUUAAUAUUUAAGUUAAAGACUGCUGAAAACUAGCUGAAUUACUUGAUAUGACUGUAUCUGUCCUUGAAUACUGAUAAAAUGUGUGACAAUUUAACUGUUUUCACUUUAUGAGCUUGUGAAUUUUUAUGAAUAUUCUAAGCUUUGCACAUUUAGCUUACCACUCUGUCUUUAAAUUUUGCUAAAUUUAAGGGUUUUGACAAUUGACUGUUUUUACCAGAAAAUACUCUCAAUAUUGUCCAAUUAUCUGGAAGUUUUCACAGUAUCACAGUGCUUUUUGUAUGAUUUUUCAAAAUAAGUCACUAAAGGGAGAUAAUAGAAACAUUGUUAAGUUAAAUGAUAACAUAUUUGUUUGUAUCUGUAUCAUAAUGUGUACUAUAUGUAAAUAAUUCUUUUGAUGUUUUGCAGUACAUUUAAAUACUUUAAAGAACUAGCAGAAUUAAGGUUUUCACUUAAGUAUCACAGUGCUGUUUGUAUACAUGUACUUUUUCAAAACAAAGUUACUAAAUGGAGAUAAUAGAAACAUUUGCAAGUCAAAUAAGUUAGUCAGUUAAGUUGAAUGAUAACAUAUUUGAUUGUUAUUAUGUGUACUAUAUGUAAAUAAUUCUGUUGAUGUUUUGCAGUACAUUCUGAAUACUUUUCACUGAAAUAUUGAAGACAAAAUUGAUACAGCUAAUUUCAUCACAAUUAGAAUUGCUAGAUUACAUUAUAUGAAUGCUAAUUUUGCAAAAGAUAUGAAAUUAUUCAACUGAUUAAAGAAAUGAACUGUAUAA